AUGGAUAGUCAGAGUAGACACACAGCAUUAGUGAAAGAGCUCCAGGCAUGGUGCCGUGGAGAGGGAUUGGAUGAGGCUUAUUCCUUCAUGGUGCUUGUUCCAGAAGGACUAGAGAUCUCACAGAUUGAAGAAACCAUGGAAGUCAUCAAAGUGUUUGGUCGAGUGCGCGUUAGAGGGCGUGCAUUUAAUGAAAAGCUGAACCGUUUAACUGUUCUAUGUGAGUGCAAAGAGAAGGUAGAGCCUAGUAAGGUUCCCUCUGAAGUGUUGCCUAUUGGUGGAACAGCGAAGUGGAAGAUUGUUGUGGUGUCUGAUGGUCCUGUGUUGUCUGAGAGUUCUGGGCUGAGUGAGAAUGCUCCGAGCCCGCUCGAGAAUUUGCUAGGGAAUGUUGGAAAUGGUAGUUCGGCUGAGUCUAUUAUUCGUGCAGUGACUGACUUACUAGGAAAGAUGGAGAAACCGUCAGGUGAAAAUAGUAGUUAUCGUCGUUUGCGGCUUUUCUCUGGAACGUUGCCGACCCCAACUGGGGAAGAGUCAUUUGAGCAUUGGCUUGAGCAUGCACACCUUAUGGUAGAGGAAAGUGAUUGCUCUGCUAAGGAGAAGAGGCGGCGCAUAAUGGAGAGUCUUAAGGGUCCUGCAUUAGCGGUGGUAAAGGCUGUACGGACUGCUGACCGUGAUGUUAGUCCGGCUCAAUGUCUAGAGGCUAUCGAAAGUGCUUUUGGAUCUGCGGAGACAGGUGAAGACCUGUAUUUUGCUUUUCGGCUGCUACAACAGCAACCGAAGGAGAAACUGUCUGAUUACUUAAGGCGAUUAGAACUUUCUUUGACCAAAGUGGUUCGUCGCGGAGGUCUUCCCCUUGACGGUGCGAAUCGUGCUCGAGUCGAACAGCUGCUUAGAGGUGCUGUUCACUCAGACAUGAUGUUGGUUCAGCUUAAGCUUAGAGAACGGAAGGAAAGCCCACCAUCCUUUCUUGAGCUUUUGAGUGAGAUCCGCAAUGAAGAAGAGUAUGAGUCUUCCAGAAUGAAGCUGAAUUCAUCUGUGCAGCGAGUCCAUGCAAAUGCUGAUAUGGAUAGUAGACAGUUGGAUAUUCAGGCUUUGAAAUUAGAAAUGAAAGAACUUAAGUCCAUGUUUGCUUCUAUGGCCACCCAAUCUUGCCAAACAGUUGCAGAUAACAAUAGUUCAUAG